UAAAUUCGCCAAUGUUCUUCCUCUUCUUCCUGCCCCCACACUUGGGCAUAGUAGUAGGCCCAUAAUGCAAUGGCGCACCAGAUGCAGACACACGAAGCAGCAAUAAAAUAGGAGGCGGGGGAGCUGCGGGUGUUCCUUGGAACAGAACAACAAGGGGAUAAAACGGAGAGCCCCAAGCGGGUGAGGGUGCCAGGGCCAGAGGAGGAGGAGGAGGAGGAGGAGGAAGGGGCGGCGGUGAGCAGCGCGGCUUUCCGGGGCGGACGCACCGAGGGAGAGGGCAGCGAGGCGCGUGGGAGCCGCCAUGCUUCUCCCCGCUUCUUCGUCUUCCUUGUACGCUUCCAAAGGUGACUCCUUUGGGAAAACAGGUGAUGAUGAUAUGGGGUCAACUUUGAAUUUUAAUAAUAAGCCUCCUGUAUUUGCAAGUCAAAACAUUGACUAUGGCCACCCAAUAACUCGCAUUUCAUACCCAUACAGUGAUUCUAAUCCAGGACUUUGGGCGGCCUACGGAUCACGUGCUAUGUUCCAUACCCAAAUCGCUGGAGGUGGGACAUCCACAAACACAAGAGUUCCCUUACCUCUCGAAUUAGCAGAGGAUGAGCCCAUAUUUGUCAAUCCCAAACAAUAUCAUGGGAUUCUUCGCAGAAGACAGCUGCGUGCUAAGUUAGAGGCCCAGAAUAAACUCAUCAAAAACAAAAAGCCCUACCUUCACGAAUCUCGUCAUCGUCAUGCAAUGAAGAGGGCAAGAGGUUCUGGUGGACGUUUUCUCAAUUCCAAAGAGCUUCAGCAGCAGCAGCAACAGCAGUCUUGCACCGUCUCCACCAAUGCCACCGCAGAUGGAGCGAAUUCCUCGGGUUCAACCCAUCUACGGCUAGGUAGCGGCUCAGCUGGAGAUCGAACCACAUUGUCCUCCAAAACAGUAGCCUCACAAGAGAACAGCAAGAGAGUCGCUGCCCCUGCCCCCGCCUUCACCAUGACACCCAUGCUGCGCAAGGACGAUGCCUUCUUCCAGCAGCACGGCCACCAUCUCAGCUUCUCUGGCCACUUUGGCCAGGCAAGCGGGCGGUAUACAUAAUAAUGGGUACUUGGCUUAGUUUGAUAACCAGCGUGAUCUGGUGAUCAGGCAAUUCAUCCUUGGCUUAGUUUCUGGCGUGUUAGGAUUUAAGAGUUUCUGCCGUGUUUUAGGACUUCAGAGAUAUUGGUAUCUCGUAGUUUCAAUAGAGAAAGAAGAGUACUUUUGUGCUUUGCAGCCCACAACUCGAUCGGGGCUUGAUGUGAUGUACUGUUGUCUGUUGUAACAAACACUUCUCAGUGUAUCUAUGCAUUCUGGACUCCAAUGUGCUUCCCUUGUGAAAGUAGCAAGUAAAGAAAUUAAGAAAUGCUUUCUAAA